AUGGCCGGUGCAACAAGAUCUUUUCAUAACUUUGCUUGUGCUCUAGCAAGGACAAAAUAUUCACAACCAAAGCCAAAACCUCCUCCAAGGACUAACGUUAGAUUACCAACGCAAUUAACACACCAUGAUGCUGAUUUGAAGGUCACUGCUCCUAUUCCGCCAUCUUCUAAAAACUUGAAAGUUCCUGAGGAUCAUCCUUUAUGGCAAUUUUUUUCUAACAGGAAAUAUAUGAGAACUAAAAAUGAGUUAGAUGUGAAUUCAAGGCCUUGGUCGAUUCCUGAAUUGAGAAGAAAAUCAUUUGAUGACCUGCAUUCGCUCUGGUAUAACUGUUUGAAGGAGAGGAACAUCUUGGCUCGUGAAAAUCAUUUAUGGAAGAAUGCCAUGGAGGGUAGGGCAGAUAUUUACGGUCCUGUGGACCAAAAUAUUAGAACUACCAUGUGGAGAAUAAGACAUGUUCUCAGCGAGCGUGACUGGUCAUUUAGAAACGCUAAGGAAGAAUCUGAAAAUAUCCGGGCUACGUUGACCGAGGAAUUUGAGAGUGAUUUCCUAAGUGAAGAAAAUGAAGAGUCUGCCUUUGACAUGUUAACCCGUUUUCAAUACGCUGUAUAUGGUAUCAGCGAAUAUAUAGAUGAGAAUACAGUAGACAGGGACUUUGUGGAUGGUAUUAAGCAUAUAGCCACUCUAAAGUUAAGGAAGUUUGCACCACUGGAUAGUGAAAUCAAAGAUCUACUGAUGACGUCAGAGAGUAAAAUAACAGAUGCUGGAGAGGCUUUUGUUUUAUUCACAGCAGAAAAUAACCUAAAGGCUAUGCAGGAAGCAUCCACUGCGGUCAAGGAGUUAAGAGAGAGUGGAAACAGUGUCUCUAGAUAUGAUGAACUCAAUACUGUCGCUGAGUACAUGAAACGUUUAGCAAAUGCUCAAGCUUCGGUUUGA